UAGGACCAAUAAUAGAGUAGCAAACCAUUUCUGACAAACAUCCGUAGUGCAGACCUGUGAUAGCGUCGUAUCUUGGAGGUGUGAAUGAGGUCUCUGCUGAGUUUAAACAGACCUACCGGCUUUAGUUGGAUGACUUCUUUAAAACUUCGUCUGGCACGAUCAAAUUUUCUUCGCUCUGGUAUUGUCGUCGUGGUUAGAUACUUCUCCGCUGUUGUUAUGGACGACAUGGGUCUGGCGGUCAGUCGUUCACCGCUCGAACGCCUCGAAUUUGACAAUGUCGCACUCAAGAAACUUCCACUGGAUACAUCAGAAGAACCUGGUCCGCGAAGGGUGACAGGAGCCUGUUUCUCUCGAGUAAAACCACAACCAGUGCUCAAGCCCAGAUUUGUGGCCGUCUCGAAUGAUGCUUUAGCUUUGCUUGGGCUGAACGCCAUGGAGGUUCUGAACGACCCACUGGGUCCAGAGUACCUGAGCGGCUCCAAAGUAAUGCCAGGGUCCGAGCCUGCAGCGCACUGCUACUGCGGUCACCAGUUCGGGUCAUUCGCCGGACAGUUGGGGGACGGGGCGGCCUGCUAUCUGGGUGAACUAAAAGCUCCAGCAGACCAGUGCUCCGAGCUGCUGCGAGAGAACCCCAGUGGCCGGUGGGAGAUUCAGGUCAAGGGAGCUGGACUGACGCCCUACUCCAGACAAGCGGAUGGGCGUAAGGUGCUGCGAUCCAGCAUCAGGGAGUUUCUGUGCAGCGAAGCAGUGUUUGCUCUGGGCGUGCCCACCACGAGGGCGGGGUCGCUGGUGACCUCUGACAGCAAGGUGGUACGGGAUGUGUAUUACAGUGGGAACCCCCGCAAAGAGAGGUGCUCUGUGGUCCUCCGCAUCGCACCCACCUUCAUCAGGUUUGGGUCCUUUGAGAUCUUCAAGGCGACUGAUGAGAACACAGGCCGCCAGGGCCCCAGCUACGGCCAUGAUGCGAUCAGAGGUCAGAUGAUGGAUUAUGUCAUAGAGACCUUCUACCCAGAGAUCCAGCAGAACCACACUGACAGAGUGGAGAGGAAUGUGGCAUUUUUCAGAGAGGUGAUGUUACGUACAGCUCGGCUGGUGGCCCAGUGGCAGUGUGUGGGUUUCUGCCAUGGAGUCCUCAACACAGACAACAUGAGCAUUCUGGGACUCACAAUAGACUAUGGCCCCUAUGGCUUCAUGGACAGGUUUGAUCCUGACUUCAUCUGCAAUGCCUCAGACAACUCAGGCCGCUACUCCUAUCAGGCCCAACCUGCUAUCUGCCGCUGGAACCUGGCUCGCCUGGCCGAAGCCCUGGACCCAGAGCUGCCCCCAGGCCGGGCAGAGGCUGUUCUGGAUGAGUACCUGCCCCUCUACAACACCUUCUACCUGGGUAACAUGAGGAAGAAGCUGGGCCUGCUGAGGAGGGAAGAACCGGAGGACGAGAUGCUCAUCACUGAGCUGCUGCAGACCAUGCAUAACACAGGAGCAGACUUCACCAACACAUUCCGCUGUCUGAGCCAGAUCCCCUGCCUCACUGAGGGAGAUGGGGAAGCAGAGGAAGGAGUCAUCAAAAUGGCCAAAGACCUCCUCCUGGAGCAGUGUGCCUCUCUGGAGGAGCUCAAGGCUGCCAACAAGCCCAGCAUGGACCCACGUGAGUUGGCCAUGUUGAUGCAGUUGGCCCAGAGCAACCCGUCCCUGUUCCAGAUGAUAUCAGACCGGAGGACGGUGGCCAUGCAGCUGGAGAAGCUGGGCAGGCUGAAGGAGCUGCUUGAGGCUGAUGAGGUAGAGGUCAAGGCCAAGCACAGGGAGGACUGGGCCACCUGGAUCACCUCAUAUAGGGAGCGUCUGGCUAGGGAGGUCGAGGGCCAGAGUGACGUCCAGGCACUGCAGGAGGAGAGAGUGAAGGUGAUGGAUGGCACCAACCCACGAUACGUCCUCAGGAACUACAUUGCCCAGAAUGCAAUAGAGGCAGCCGAGAACGGAGACUUCAGUGAGGUCCAGCGGGUGUUGAAGGUUCUGGAAAAGCCUUUCUCUACCCAGCUGGGUCUGGAGCAGCCGAGCUGGCUGGGCCAGAGGGGGGCAGAGGGGCAGAGGAAUGAGGGUGGAGAGGAGGAGGAGGAGGAGGAGGCACAGCAGGGGGCAGAAGCAGCAUCAUUCCGAAUGCGUGUUCCCUAUGACAGCAAGCCCCCGGUUUGGGCCAAUGAAAUCUGUGUUACCUGAUCUUCAUAGUCCAUUCCCUGACAGUGAACCCACCUAAAGUUAGAAGCGAGUCAUUCAGUAUUUUCUUCACCUGUUUACCUUUACCUCUCCACUCUCUCGCUUUACUUGGGUGGGUAAUGUCAAGGAAAGUACAUUUAUGAGUUAAGAUGCUACUAUGUCAAUCAGUCAGUCUGUAGAGGAGAGGAUGUGUUAAGAGUUUUAGGAAAUUUCAGAGUACAACCCCAGAAAUUUGAAAUCACACCUUUGAUCCAAGUGAUAAUUCCAUUAAUGGAAAUAUCACGUCUUUAGUAGAUCUAUACUCUUAAUACAGAUACAAAUCCCGCUCUGUAGAUCUGCGUAGCCUAUUGACUGUCUGGUUAUGAAUGACGGCCCAGACGUCCAGUCCCACAGUGACCCGUCUGAGUCUGAGAGACUAGGAGUAUCACCUCAAUAUAUCAAAUAUCAUGUGUCUGUAUGUGUGUGAAAAGAAAUGAUUGUAGAUGAAGAUUUACAUAUCCUCUGAAUCGUACUGAAUGGUUCACAUGUGUGUAUGUGACUGACUGAGCCGCAAAUGACUUAGCGCACAAGUAUAACAUAAUUGGCAACUUUUACACUACCGGUCAACAGUUUUAGAACACCUACUCAUUCUCAUUUGCAUAUUAAAUCAUAAAAUAUA